UUUGCGGCCUGGCAGUAGGGUUUUAGCCCGCCGAAGCCUCUCUCUAUUGAAACCCUUCCUACGAGAGCUCUCAAUCUCUCUCGCCAGUCGUCUCGUUUCUGUUCUCCAGUUUGAUCUCCAAAUGCCAACCUUCUCCUCCUCCAUGAUGAAACCAUAGCCGCUCCCAGCCUCUCCUUCCGCGGAUGCUGAGUUACCACCGAUCCAAAUCGCUCCUCAAAUGGCCAUUAGGGAUCCCAAAGAUCGCAUCUUUCUUUGAGGAGAACCCACCUAUCACUCCCAAUGCCCCUCUCUUCUUCUCCUCUGCCACUGCUGCACUAAUUCGAGGAAGCCCUUCCAGUAUCGAAGCAAAACCCAGCUCCAAUUCUGGUGGCUUGACUUCUCUUGAGGUGGCAGAGACUUUACAAAGAAUGGCACGGAAGCCUGACAUCGCGCUCACCUACUUCAACGACAGCAAGGUGCACGGGUUCCGCCACGACAUAUCCACCUACUCGGCGAUCGUCCGCAUUCUAUGCAAGUUGGGUCGCAAGAAGACGUUGAUUUCUCUGUUCUCUGAAUUGAUCUUGUUGAACGGAGACCUGGGAAUUGAAGUUUCAGCACUCUUCGCCGCCCUUGCUCGGGGAUCAAAUGGCUCGGAUUCCUUGGUUUGUGUGUUUGAUGCGCUGAUCAAGGCCUACUCAAACUGUGGGAAGCCCCAAGAGGCCAUUGAUGCAUUCUUUGAGCUCAGUAAGCUGAGUUUUGUCCCAAAGGUGAGAUCUUGCCAUUUCCUUAUGAAUUUUGUAGCUAAAGAUGGCGACUUGGAGAUGGUGAUGGCAGUUUAUAGUCAGAUGAAGAGACUUGGAAUGAGACCGGAUGCAUAUACGUUCACUAUAGUGAUAAAAGCUCUCUGCCGAUCAGGGGAAUUAGACCAAGCUCUCGAUGUUCUGAGGGAAAUGAAGGAAACGGGAAUAAAGCCUGAUGUGAUCACUUAUACCACAUUUAUAGAAGGCAUGUGUGCCCGUGGGAAAUCAGAUUUAGGCUAUGCAAUACUUAAAGAAAUUGCGAGAGAGGGUGUCCAUGUGGAUGCUAUUGCUUAUAAUAAGGUGAUUAAUGGGUUGUGUAAAGAAAUGAGACUACAGGAGGCUGAAAAGCUAUUAGAGGAUAUGGCAAGGCAAAAUGUGCUUCCAGAUGCAUGUAGUUAUGGCUGUCUUAUCCAGGGAUACUGUGGAACUGGCAACCUUGUAAAAGCAUUAUAUCUUUAUGAAGAGAUGGUGUCAAAGGGUAUCGGAACAAAUUCCAUCAUUGUGAGUUUUGUCCUUCAAUGCUUAUGCAAGUUAGGCAUGGCUUUUGAAGCAGGGGAGUACUUCCAGAGAUUUAAGGACUCGGGGCUUUGCCUUGACGAGGUUCUUUUUGAUAUUGCAAUACAUGCACAUUGUAAGCUUGGCAACAUGAGAGAUGCAGUGGAAUUGUUUCAAGAAAUGAAGAGCAAGGGGUUGGCUCCUGACAAAAUUCACUAUACAAAUUUGAUCAGCGGGUAUUGCCGCAAGGGAGAAAUGUAUAAUGCUCAGAAGGUCUUUGCUGAUAUGGUGAAGGUCAAUGUGGAACCUGAUCUUGUUACUUAUAAUAUACUUGCUGGCGGGUUUUGUAGGAAUGGCUUUGUUAAGGAGGCAUUUGACCUUUUGGAUUACAUGAUGAAUAGAGGCUUGAAGCCCAGCCCUCUCACCUAUGCUGUGGCAAUUGAGGGUCUCUGUAGAGGUGGCAAACUAAAGGACGCAGAAAUACUAUUUAAAAUAUUAGAAGAGAAGGGAAUUGCUCAGUGUGUAGUUCUUUUCAGUUCGAUGGUCUAUGGCUACUUAAUAUCAGACUGCAUAGAAGAAUCUUACAAGCUAUUUCUCAGGUCCAUUAGGGAAGGAAUUCUAGUGGAUGAGAUUGCUCGUUGUAAACUUAUAAGUGAGCUCUGUGACAAGGGGGAUGUUGAGAGAGCUUCCAUGGUAUUUAAAUUGAUGUUACAGGUGCAUGUUGCUCCAGAUAAGAUUUCCUAUAACAGACUCAUUGCAGCUUAUUCUCAGGUGGGAGAUUUGGCAAAUGCUCAGUUUUGGUUUGAGGAUCUGGUUAAACAGGGCCUUAAUCCUGAUGUUAUUUUGUACACUACACUAAUGAAUGGUUACUGCAAGGCCAACCGCUUGGAAGAAGCCUGUCAGUUGUUUGUUGAGAUGAUAGAAAGAGGGAUUAAACCUGACGUGAUUGCAUACACAGUAAUGUUGGAUGGUCAUUUAAAAGAAACCUUGCGCAAAGGCUGGUUGAGCACUGAUGAGGAAAAAAGGAAAGUUGAAAUUAGGGCCAAGUAUUCGAAACUAUUGAAGGGUAUGAAGGCUAUGGAGAUUGAACCUGAUGUGGUGUGCUAUACAGUAUUGAUUGAUGGGCAUUGCAAGAUGAAUUAUCUUCAGGAUGCUCUUAAACUCUUUUAUGAGAUGCAGGAGAAGGGUUUGUCUCCUGAUGCCUUUACAUAUACUGCUCUUGUAUGGGGUUAUUGUAGCCAAGGGGAAGUUGUUAAGGCUGAAAACUUGGUAGAGGAAAUGCUACAUAAAGGAAUAGAACCUGAUACUCUUACCUUCUUGGUCUUGUAUGAGGGGAGCUCUAGGGCCAGAAGUUUGCAGCUUCAAUAGCAAUCCUUGGUUAAUUUAUAUACAGCUGGUUUUUGAGUUAGGCUUCAUUAAACUAUCAAGAAAAUAUUGCAAUAUGGAGGAAAAAUUUUUCAACUUUUCUCCUCUUGAAAAUGAUGUAUUAUUUUUUUAUUUAGCUUGGUUAGGAAUUGAGUAAAGUUGUUGAUAAGGAGCUGCUUUCAUGAUCUGAUGAAUUAUUCUUUUAAAAAUUCUUAUAUUAAUUUGUGUUACAGAGAUGUAUAACAGAAUAUGCCAGCAAACCUUCAGAUAAUUCUGAAGUUUCUUUUGCAGGAAAGCUGUGUCCAAUAUUAACAUGUGCAGAUCAUUAAUUUAAUUUUAUUAUUGUCGAUGUGAAAUUAGGACCAAGGUGGCUUUGUUAGUUUUGCAGCCUAGGAUUCUAUGGGGAUGAUGCAUUUCAACAUUGAAUUUGUCACUUUUGCCUCCUUUUCAGGUGCAUGUGAUUACCAAUUGGCAUUGGUAAAGCUGACUAGUUGCAUAUCUAAGCAAAUUGGUUUCAAAUUUUUCCAACACAUACGCAACUUGUCCCUAGCCUCACCCUCUAGUGAGCGGACAUGCAGAUAUUCUGUUCAGUUGUUAACAAAAAUCUUUCUGAUAAUGUAUAUCAAUUGAACUGGGCGCAAUCAUUCUUUCCUCUCUUUACAAAGUGGGAGUUGGAGAUCUUCUCGAGGAGCACAUGUAAUAAUAAUCCGUUCCAUGCCUAGUUGGUGUGAAUCCUUAUUGGCUCAGUUGGGUUUUCCUUUAAGGUGUUCUUUGAGAAUUCUGCCUUUCAGGCACAACAAAGUAUUGCCUCCAGAUAUAGUUUUCCUCCAACUAUAUAAAAUAUUUUUAAGGUGGGGCAUUGAUUUCUUUUAGGUUAACUGAACUUUUGAAAUACAUUCAUUUAGAAGACUGUACAUAUAUGACCAUAAUUAUGUCUCCAAUGAUUAUAUAUCUUGGUUCCAUGCCAAGAGUGUCAUAUUGAAUUUCUGUAAAUCUAACAUAUCCCUCUGGAUGGCAUUAGUAGGAUCAGAUUUCAGUUAUACAAUACUGAACCUUCUGCUGCAUGAAGGCAAUAUUGUAAGCCUGAUGAUUUAACAAGGUAUAUUUACUAGAUAUAUGUUGUUAGAUGUAUAUAUGAAUUUGCAAAUGGUUUUCUGAUAUGGAAUGUAUUGUCUAGGGUUGCAGAUCCAUCAGAGAGGAGAGGGUACUCUUCAAGCUGAUCGACUAUUUUGGCUGACAUUGUUGUGACAUGUACAGGCCAAAGAUGGAGAAUUACAUGUUACAUUGUGCUUUAUAUGCAAAAGCUUCAUAAGUUAAAGGUAGAAUUUCAAUGCUCUUAAGUUGCAGUUGGGCAUAAAGAAAUUCAAUAUAAGUUGAAGGAUCAUAGGCUGCUGAGAGGCCUCCACUUUCUCCUGGUUGGGCAGUGGGACAUGCUGAUAUUUUUUAGCCCAAUCUAUGCUUCAUCUAUGAUUUUAUAGAUAUUUUGGGCAGAUUGUGAAGCCAGUGGAUUAUCCUAAAAGAGGACAUGGGGGCAAGAAAAGAGAAGGUGACUGCUAGACUAAAAAAGGGUUGGGAAAGAGGCUGUGAUGAUGCAUGAACUCUCCCAAAUCUUCCUACCAAAAAAGGAGACCUCUACCAAACUCUGCAUCAAGAAGCAACCCCUCAAAUAGGUGUUCAUGUGUAGUGGGAUGGGAAAAAAAGAAUGUAUGGAUGGUUUAACUCAUCUAUGUUGGGAUGGUAUAUCAGUUAGGCCUUUUAGAUUUCUGAAAUCGAAAAGGUAGAUAUUGCGCUGGGCAAAAGUGGAUGAGUGACUGAUGUGGACAAUGUCAAAAGUUCUGCAGACUAAUUAGUAUUUCUUGUCAUGCUGUUAAUGAGGAAAAGUCUGUAAUGGCUAAUCUAAACAUUUGAAAUCUACUGAUAUUUAUUUCCUUUUUCCGUCAG